GAAGUCGAAAACGCCUCUUGAAACGCAUCGUGAGACUUCCGGUGAGUGCGCGGCUUGUAAGUGGCUUUGAUUGAGCUCAGCGGUUGCGGCAGCGGACAGGAGCUCGUUGGACUGCCGCAGACACUGACAGCAAGCCGAGCCAAAUGAACAGCCUCACUUCUCUCACCACCGGCAAUGACAGCCCGAAAAUGAUGCAGUAUUUCAAAACAUCCUCCUCAACAGCCAUGGAUACGGUUCACAUUAGAAUAUUAAGGGAGUGAAUCGCUGUUACAGAGCGCUCUAUUUUGUCGUGAAUUGGAGCGGAUCGUUAGCUUAGCUGACUAGCAGCUGAUAGAUUUUCAGUUUCUGCUACAGACAGGGUGGUGUUUGCCGGAGGCCAUACACCAGCAAUGGGAAUCCUAUUUACAAAGUUGUGGAGGCUUUUUAACCAUCAAGAGCACAAAGUUAUUGUUGUUGGCCUGGACAAUGCAGGAAAGACCACCAUACUUUAUCAGUUCUCGAUGAAUGAGGUGGUGCACACUUCACCUACCAUAGGCAGCAAUGUGGAAGAGAUUGUGGUCAACAAUACACAUUUCCUUAUGUGGGACAUUGGAGGACAGGAAUCUCUGCGCUCAUCUUGGAACACCUAUUACACCAACACAGAGUUUGUGAUUGUGGUGGUUGACAGCACAGACAGAGAGAGGAUCUCAGUGACUAAAGAGGAGCUCUACAGGAUGUUAGCCCACGAGGAUUUGAAAAAAUCAGGUUUAUUGAUUUUUGCCAACAAACAAGAUGUAAAGGGUUGUAUGACUGUUGCUGAGAUUUCCCAGAGUCUACAGCUCACCUCCGUGAAAGACCAUCAGUGGCACAUCCAGGCCUGUUGUGCCCUUACUGGGGAGGGGCUUUGCCAGGGUCUUGAGUGGAUGAUGUCACGACUGCGAGUAAGAUGACCUCUGACCUCAGUGUGCUCUCUGUCUCUUUCCUACCGGGCGUGGAGGCCGGUUGUCGCUCACUGUGAAGGUGACUCAGCGACGUCACCAGAACUGGAUUAAUUUAUUACAGAUCACUGAGUACUGUGAACAAACAAUCCGCAACUAACUAACUAAAAUGUGUCAGGAUUUGCAAAACAGCAGAAACUUGAUUCGUUGUUGUCGUUUUUCUUUGCACGGAUGACCAUUAAAACAGUCGAAUAAGGCAGCACAGAUCUUGGACUAAGAGGACUUGUCUCUAGUUAAACAAAUCUUUGCCUAGAGUGGCCUUGCUGCUUUGCCUGAAUACCUGACAUGGUGUUGCCCCUGGUGUAUGUACAGUCCAGUAUUUUCAUUAACCUUGUGCCUGCACCCGACACUCUGCCUCUUGUGAGCUGAAGAGACAAGAUCCAUGCAAGGGGAGACUGCACUCAUGUAAAAUACAAUUAAAUAAAGUGUUUUUAUCUGUCAUGACGAAAGUUUCACACUUUCAUUCUUUACCAAUUUACUUUUGUUACCUCUAGGGGGCGACAGGUGGUUUGCAAGAACAACACCACAUAGUAAUUGUACGAAAGUUAAUUUAUUCUGAAAGAGAAAGCUGUUAUAUUUUAAAAAGCAAAUGAGAAGUGAUUGUUCACACUUCAGAGAUGUUUACAGUUAAUCUGGAUGAAGCAUUUACACUAAAAUAAUAGUGUUUCACAUUGUAUGUUACAUACAGACAUACUAAUGUCAGUUUUAAUACCUCAGGCUUUUAUUUAAAAAAAAAUAGUUUUUUUAUACAGGUGUAAUUUAAUUUUAAUAAGUAUGUAAACAGAUUAUAAUAUAUAAAAUUAAAAAGGUAUUUAUAUUUAUAAAACAAAUAGUUCUGGUCUAAGCUUUGUCGGUAGUCAACUGUUAGUUUCACUGCUCAGAACCCAUAGCCGAUCAUUAUUUUCAUUUCAGAUUAACAUUCUGUUACUGCUUACAUGUAGGACACAAGACUUUCUAAUAGAGAAUGCAUC